AAACAGAGGGAAACAAGCAUUAUGAAUAUAUCAAAACAAGGGGAGCUCCUGAGGCCUUUGGUGAAUGAAAUAAGAGCUGUAUGAAUGCCUUGUGUGUACAUAGUUUCAGUUCAGCGGAUUAGCUGGUGUUUCCCUACAGUUCAGGUUUUACAAGCUUGGUUUGAAGUCCUUUUCCUAAAAUGGAGAGGUCAGUGCAUCAGUUGCACACGAGACUGUUUUCCCCUCUCAUGGGAGCAGAAGAAUCACAGCACAGCACAGUUUCUGGACUAUAAUGUUUUGAGUCCACUCGGAUCUGAGGAGGAAAUGUUCUUUUACUUUUUCUGACGCUCAUCUGCAGGAAUAAAAGACAUGCACUUUUCAACUACAGCCUGCCUGUACGGACAUGUAUUUUUAUCUACUUCGGCAUUAUCAAACAAGACCGCAGACAGACUUUGUCAGCAAUAAGUUUGUUGAAAGAUAAUCAUGUCGUCGAUGUUCGGGAAAGUGAAGCAGGGUAACUCAGCAGCAGCAGUAGCAGCUCCUGACAGAAGUCCAGCCGACUGUAACCUGGUGCUGCUCGGUGUGAUGGGCUCCGGGAAAUCAGCACUGACUGUCAAAUUCCUCACAAAGCGCUUCAUCAGUGAAUAUGACCCCUAUCUAGAGGACAUCUAUUCAACAGAAGAGAUUGUGGACCAGCAGCCAGUCACAGUGAGAGUGAUGGACACCUGUGACCAGGAGGGUCCAGUGAACAGCGAGCGCUAUCUGACAUGGGCCAGUGCCUUCCUUGUGGUCUACAGCAUCGACAACAUGGAGAGCUUUAAAGGCUGCCAGCUAUACCUGCAGACGCUCGCCCUGCACAACAAAACCUUCAAGCCACAAACGCCCAUCAUCCUGCUGGGGAGCAAGCUGGACAUGGACAGAUACAGGCAGGUGAGUCAGUGUGACGCCGAGGCUCUGGCGUCUCGUUUUGGCUGUUUGUUCUUCGAGGUGUCGGCCUGUCUGGACUUCCGCUCCGUGCAGCAUGUCUUCUACGAGGCGGUGAGGAGGGCGAGGCGGGGUGGAGAGCGCAGCCGUCUGGUACCGGCCGUCUACAUCAGCGAGGACAAAGCGCUGCUCGGCGUCCCGUCGUUCACCACCCCCUGCUACAAGGAGCUGCCGGCCCCCGCCACCGCCAAGCUGGUCACCGUGAAGACGUCCAGAGCUCAGAGCAAACGGAGGGCCGCCACGCUCACCCUGCUCAAAGGCUUUAAGAUCUUCUGAUACCUUCUGACCCCUCCACCAUGUCCACUGAUAAUGUCAUAUUUAUUAGAUACUCUGAGCUAGAAAGUGGGUGGACACAAUAACAUGAACAGCUACACAGUAGGCCAAUAGCCCACAGACUGCUGGCAAUUUCAGCGAGGCAACAACCUGAGGAAGAGGAACAAACAGAGAAACAAAAAUACAGAUGUUGUUUUCCCCAUUUCAAUUUGUUCUGAAUACAGAAAAACUGGACUCUGCUCCACAACUGAACCAUCCUACAGAAACUGUUCAGAACACCAGUUUGAAUUAUUCACACUUUGUUUCUGAAAAAUAACCUUUCCUUCAUCAUUUGGAUGGACGGCAUGAAACACGACAAAAAAAAAAAGCAGAGAAAAUGAAUAUGAAACCCACCACCUGACACCUGACAGGCAGGUGAAACCAUCCACAGAGCAAACGUGGGUCACUCCCAUGUCCAGGUUGACAAACACACAGUUAGGGUGUGGGGACUCAGUGGGGGAGUUGAAGGGGGUGUAGAUGGAGAGAAGAGAGUCAAAGAUACUGUUUAAGCUGAGAGGGACAGGUGCAUGCAGGAAGUUAGGUAUUGUAGUUUGGCUGCUGAUCUGAGCACUCAGGGCUGCAGCAGCGACUAACAGCUCCUCAGAGUCAAAGAUGAACACGCAGACAUCAUACACAUCAUUUUAGAUUCAGUGUGAUUCAAGUACACUUUCCGAUUUCAUUAUCUCUGAUGUCCAUAACAAAUAAGCACCCAUACAUCAGAGUAAAAGGACACUCCUUAUAACUGCAGAACUUGUAAUCCAGUGCUAGCUGUCUGUACAUCCUGUUGUGACAAAAAGUCACAGCUUCUGACUGUCUUUAGCUCAAUCUGAUUCUCAGUCAGCUUGUUUUGUUGCUGGUCUAAAUGGUUUCAUUCAGUGCAGUACCAACAUUUUCCAGUCUGUAAGAUUUCAGCUCGGGUGGUAAAGCCUGCCUAAGCUGAUAUGUAGGCCUCCACACCGUGUUUAAGAUAAGACCCAAGUCACGUGACAGAUAACAUUGGGUCUUUAUAUGGACUACACAGUUACACUAACAUUGUAAUAUUACUAUGAUAUAGUUCAGUGUGUUUGUGUGUGGAAUAUAUACAGCCUCCUCUGAGUCACCACGCUGCCUCCUGUGUUUGCUUUCCUGCUGCUUACAUUACCAUGUUUUUCCUGAUCAUGUAAAUGUUUGACAGUUUAUCUUUGGUACUGAAACCUUUGUAGAAAAUUAAUCGUGGGCUCACAGCCUCAGUCUGCUUCAAACAAAGUGCUGGUCGGGUCGUCUUUCUGGGUCUGAAACUCUUAUCAGCUUUUGUAACUAUUCAUAACAACAAUACAAUCUGACAUCAUACUGAUUCUCCGCAGUGACUGGUCAGCUGUGUGGCACUGUGAAAGAGGGCGGGGUCUUUACCUCUCUCUCUUAUUCAUUCUCGAUUCAACUCUGUCCCAGUGUAGAGCUGGUCCAAAACACUCUAAACAUCUUUUUCUCACUGUUUCAAGACUUUCUCUCAACAAAACAGAGCUUCUCUAAAAGCAAAUAAAUGUUUUGGAAAACUGAGA